GAUAGCCUUGGAUGGUCGCAUUAAAGUGUUUUCUCAGCACAAGUUUGCAAGAAGUUGUUUCAUUUUAGCUGUUGUUGUGGUGUAUUUAUGUUCAUCGGUCAAGUAAAAAAUUCGCACCUGAGCAAUGGUUACUACUGAGCCGAGCAAAGAACAACCGACAGGCACCGGCGCUGAUGAAACGUCGAAGAAGGCCGCCAAGAAAGCAGCGAAAGAUGCAGUGAAGGCAGCAAAAAAAGCUGAGCAUAAGGCAGCAGCUGCAGUUGCGGUCGGAUCCGGCGGAACGGCUGAUGACGAAACCGGAGCUGAUGGCAUCGAUCAAUCAGAGGGACGAUAUGGUACGAUGAAGAUGAUUCAAAGUGUCGAGAAACACACCGAGCGUGCGUUCGUAAAGGUAUCGGAUCUGUCCCAAUGCAAGAAAGAUGCGCAAGUAUGGGUACGAGGACGGGUGCACACGUCCCGAUGCAAAGGCAAACAAUGUUUCCUGGUGCUGCGUCAGCAGAGCAGUACUGUCCAGUGUUUGCUGGCCGUAAACGAACUUGUGUCGAAAAAGAUGGUAAAAUUUUCCGGUAGCAUUCCCCGGGAGAGCAUCAUUGAUCUAAAGGCGAAAGUGGUACCUGUUGAGCAACGAAUUGAAUCGUGCACUGAGCAGACAAUUGAACUGCACGUAUUGGAGCUAUUCCUGUUGUCAGCCGCAAAAGCACAGCUACCGUUGCAGAUUGAGGACGCAUCACGACCGGAAAAAUCAGAUGACCCUGAAGCGCUCCGAAUUCGUGUCAAUCAGGACACAAGGCUGGACAAUCGCGUACUCGAUCUGCGUACCCCUGCAAACCAAGCUAUUUUUCGGUUAGAAGCAGGCGUUUGUAAGCUAUUUCGCGAUGUGCUUACAGCGCAGGGUUUUACUGAAAUACACACCCCGAAGAUAAUAUCUGCAGCCAGCGAAGGUGGUGCAAACGUUUUUACGGUUAGCUAUUUUAAAGAAUCCGCAUACUUGGCGCAAUCACCGCAGUUGUACAAACAGAUGGCCAUUGCUGCCGAUUUCGACAAAGUUUUCACCGUUGGUGCUGUGUUUCGGGCGGAAGAUUCGAACACUCAUCGUCACUUGACCGAGUUUGUGGGUCUAGACUUGGAGAUGGCAUUCAAGUAUCACUACCACGAGGUGCUCGAUACGAUAGGCAACACCUUCACGGAAAUGUUUAAAGGAUUGCGUGACAAUUAUGCUAGAGAAAUCGCAGCAGUUAGCCAACAGUUCAACGUGGAACCAUUCAAGUUUCUGGAGCCGCCGCUAAAGUUAGAGUUUGCCCAAGCAGUCGCCAUGCUGCGAGAAGCGGGUGUGCAAAUGGAUGACGAAGAAGAUCUGUCAACUCCCAGCGAAAAAUUGCUUGGGCGACUAGUAAAGGCCAAGUACGAUACCGAUUUUUACAUUUUGGACAAGUUCCCGUUGGCAGUACGGCCGUUCUACACUAUGCCCGACCCGCUCAACCCGAAAUAUUCGAACUCGUACGAUAUGUUCAUGCGCGGUGAAGAAAUCUUAUCUGGCGCUCAGCGAAUACAUGACCCCGAAUAUCUUGUAGAGCGCGCCAAGCUGCACGCUAUCGAUCUGUCGAAGAUCGCUGCGUACAUCGACGCAUUCCGGUACGGUUGCCCGCCACACGCAGGUGGUGGAAUCGGGAUGGAACGUGUGGUCAUGCUUUAUCUUGGUCUGGACAAUAUUCGUAAGACUUCAAUGUUCCCGCGUGACCCAAAACGAUUAACCCCAUAAUUACAACCAUCAUUGGACGGAAUUAACGGCAAUAUGUUUGCGCACACAAGGAAAUAAAUGCAAA